CCCGGCAGCGCGUCGAGCAUCAAGGACAGCAACAGCAGCUUCGCCUCGUCCAAGAACUCGGGCAGCAAGUCCACGUCGAGCGGGCGCAGCGGCCGCAGGAGGCACCACCGCCACGAGCUCCCCGCCUUCCCCGCGUCCGUGCACCCGGUAGAGCCGCCGAACCUCAGGAGGAAGAUCCGCGUCGGCAAGGACAGGUCGCCGUCGUGGCGCAUGCAGAUCCUGUACGGCGGCGGCGGCGCGAGCCAGGGCCAGGGCGGCGCGGCGUCUGGCGCGUCGAGCGCCACCUCCGUGAGGACCUCGACCGCGGACGCGUCCUCCAACGCCAGGAGCAGCGACGUGAGCCCCAGCGCCAGCGUGCCGGGCCGCCCUCUCGCCACCAUCGACAGCGAGCCCGUCAUGCAGAUGGUCUCCAAGACGGCGUCCAGGACGGCGUCCAGGACGGCCUCGGGCACGGACUUCAAGACGGCGUCCAGGGUCACGUCGAGGGCCGCGUCCAAGCGGGCGUCUCGGACGGCGUCGGGCACCGAGCUCAGGAUGUUCUCCAAGAAGGCCUCGGAGCAGGACCUGUCGGCCGAGACGGCGACGGACAGCUCUGAGAGCAAGAAAGCGACUGCGCGGCCUUCGCGAGAGCAGCUCGGAGCCCUCGCCGAGGAAGCGCCCACCGUCCUGGGGGUCCUGGGCGACGAGGGGGCGGGCCGGGCGGACAGCCCCGAAAGGAAGAAGGCGACAGAGUGGCCUUCGCGAGAGCAACUUGCGGCACCCGCCGAUGAAGCAACCACCGAAAAAGCAGCCGCCGAUGAAGCACCCGCCGUCCUGGGCGAAGAGAAUCCAGCCAGCCCGCCCUGGGAGGUCCCGGCGCACGUCCUGGAGAACCUGCCGUCGCCGCCAUCGGAGCUGCCAGGCGAGGAGGAAACGCCACCAGACGCGCGCACGUACGACGUCCCAGUGGACUAUCCGUACGGCCUUCCAGAGGACUAUCCCUACGACUAUCCAUCCGACUACCCAUACGACCCGGCGGACUACCCGUACGAUUUUCCGACCAACAUCCCAGCUGGGGUCGCUGCCGACGCCCCAGUGGACUUCCGCGCCGACGUGCCAGUCGAUUUCCGCGCAGAGAUCCCGGUCGAAUUUCGAGCCGAGAUCCCAGUUGAGUUUCGAGCAGAGAUUCCGGUCGAGUUUCAAGCCAAGAUUCCGAUCGAAUUCCGAGCCGACAUUCCAGUCGAAUUUCGAGCCGGACGAGUAUAUCCGGUGGCGUCGCCCGAGUGGCGGCGUGCUCAGGGAGCAUCAGAAGACUCCCCGACUCAGCCUCCUGGAACAUCAGAGGACUCCCCGACUCAGCCUCCUGGAACAUCAGAAGAUUCCCCGACUCAGCCUCCAGCGAUACUGAAAAUCCACCAAGACUCCCCGACCCAGCCACUAGAAACAUCAGAGGGUCCUUCAGUCCAGCCUCCAGAAUCGACACAAGACUCCUCGGCCCAGCCUUCCGAAACAACGAAAGGCUCCCGUGCGAGGCCUCCAGAAGCCUCAUCACUGGCAACCGCGGACAGCGACGCGGCUGGCACUCCGGACAACGAGGGCGUGGACGACAGCGAGUCCGUGGCCUUGGUGCCGCACUCCAGGGCGUCCGGGGCGGCGCGGACGCCGACGCCCCCGGCGUCCCUGUGGCGGGGCGCGGCGCGGAACGCCGUGCGCGACAUCGCGGACUACCGCGCCGCCGCCAAGCUCAAGUACGAGCAGGCCAAGAAGGUGCAGCAGGGCAGGGGGAAGGGCGGCGCCGUGCCGGCGGACCUCAAGUCCCUGCGCGACCUGCUGCGGCACAGCUUCCAAGACGGCCUGGACGAGGACGCCGCCAACGACGACGCCAGCGACGACGCCAGGGCGGGCGUCAGCCUCCAUGACGCGCCUGGCGUGCACAAGAGCGAGGACAUCGGGGAGGGCGCGUCCUGUGCGUCCUCGCCCUCAAGCUCGUCGCCCGCGCUGCUUGAGUCGCUAGGCAGCCCGGACGACGCCAUCCGCAGUGUGCUGGACGGGGAGACCGACAGCGCGACCCCGGACAGCUCCAGCGACAGCUCGGGCCGCUCGGUGCGCCGCGAAGACACGUUCGAGUCCGACGAGGGCCUCAUCAUCAAGAUCGAGCACGACGAGGCCGCCGCCAACGAGGCCGCCGCCAACGAGGUGGAGCACAAACGGUGCCUGCAGGGCCACGAGCAGUACCGCGAGCAGGACGACGACCGUGACGCCUCCACCAUCAGGUCCCAGAGAAACAGCGCCGACGCCGUGUCCUCCGCCAUGGUGGCAGCCUUCGUGCAGGUGGCCGCGGCCAUGAGCGGCGCCAUGGGGGCGGCCAUGGCGGCCACGAUGGAGGAGAUGAACACCAACGCGUCGCCGCUGGCGGCGGCGGCGGCGGAUCCUCCCCCCGUCAUGCCCGCGGCCUGCCCGGCGACCGUGGGCAACAUGGGGGUCUCCGCGCACUCCGCAAUGACCAGGAACCUGCCUGCCAGAAAUCAGAACUGGACGGAGGCGGCGAGCGACAUGCAGCGGUGCGUGGACGACACCCCCUGGACCGCCAUCAGGCCCGCCCCGCGGGCAGCAGCCCCCCAGCGUUCGCGCGCCGCCCCCCACCACUCGCUCCGAAUGUGCGUGCCCGUGGGGCAGGGCGGGCAGGGCGCCGCGGAGGGGCCGGCGUCGGCCAUCCCCCAGCGCAGGUCCAGCGCGGACCGCGCAUCAUCGCGGCAGCGGGCUGCAUAUCUGCAGGUGCCGGGUGCAAUCGAAGAGGACGCUGCCGUGAGCGGCGCUGUGGCAGAGGACGUCGCUAAGGCAUCCGUCGACGCCGCGGCUCAAGAGACCGCCGCCACAGUCACCGCCACGACCACCGCCACCGACACCGCGGCCGCUGACGACUCCGCGGCCACUGUCGCCGGGAGCGGCGCGGCGGACGCCGUGGCAGUGGAGGCCGCCAUCGCGGCCGUCGCCGCCGAGGUGUUCUCCGAUGACGGACCCGCGGGCGCGCAGGAGAGCGUCGCCAGCUCCGCGUCCAGGGGGCGGACACAAGUGGUGGACGACGGCUCGGUCAAGUCCGCGGGAGGCAGCCCCCGAGUCCGCUCACCAGUCCGUUCGCUGGCGCGGUCGCGGUCACCGUCCUCGCACUCUCCAAAACAUUCGCUGACCUCGCAGACCCACCGGUCGGCGGCCUCGGCGCGCAGCGUCCGCACCAACAUGGAGAUCCACGCCACCAAGGACAAGCCGCAGCCGCUGCGGCGGUCCAUCGUGUGCGGCGUCUCGGGCCGGGGCCGCACCGUCCCCGUCGUGUACCUGGGCCCGGGGCCGCACAGCGCCGAGGCCGCUGCCGCCACCCCGGCCCUGCCGCGCACCCCGUCGCCGCAGCGGCAGCCCGACCCGGACCCGCGACGCUCGCCGACGUCCUCGUGCGCCGCAAACUCCGUCGUGUUCCCCACGUCCAUCGUGGACACCAGGUCGCUCAUCGCCGAGCUGGAGGGUGCGUCCUCAUGGCACAUUCAAGACGCGCGACAGCCGCGCAAUGUCCGCGCGUGGAACUCCAGCCCCAAGACCAGCCCGACGCUCAUCAGCCGCGCGGGCGUGUCGCUGCUGGACGACCCCGUCGACGCCCCCAGCCGCAGGGCCUCGCCGCGGACGCCGCCGUCGCGGGCAGACUCGCCGGGGACCUCGGCCACCAUGUCCACCAUCAACAUCAGCGACCACAACGAGACCAUCUACAAUCUAGUACGCAGGCCGAUGCCCACCGAGGACCGCCUCCCCAAGUACCAGUCCAAGUUCCACUACCUGGUGCGCCACGAGUUCUACAAGCCCAAGCGCGAUCACCAGACCUUCGGCUACCCGGAGGUGCCCGUGGACCCUCCCAACAACUUCCUCAAGAAGAACGCGUACUACACACUGCGGCCGAAAGUCGACAAGCACCCCGACUACCCCACGGUGCUGGGCCGUCCCGACGCGCGGCCCAAGGCCCCAGCGCACCACGUGUACGACGAGGCCAGGGGCCGGCAGGCGGCGCGCGGCGAGCCCAAGGACUACUCCAAGAUCAACAUCCAGAACGCGGUCCGCGCCGUGCCGCGCCAGCCCCCCGCCAAGGCCGUGGACACGCGGCGCGGCAGCAGCCUGCUGCUGGAGACGUCCGGCUUGGAGCCCAAGUACAUCUUCAAGAAGGACUACGGCAGGGUGCCGGAAUACCUGUGCCGCCGGCUGCAGCAGGAGGAGGAGGCGCGCCUGGAGGAGGAGAGGGAGCGCCAGAACGUGAAGCCGCUCCUGCGGCACAUCAGCGAGGAGGAGCGCACCUCGCUCGUCUCGGGACUGAAGCAGAACUGGCAGGAGCUGCAGACCAUGUUCCAAGGGCUGCCCAUGCUCAUCGACACCAUCCCCAAGAUGAAGCGGAAGGAGGCGCUGGAGACGGAGCUCCGCCAGCUGGAGAAGGACAUCGCCAUCGUGGAGAGGAACCCCGUCAUCUUCGUGGACGAGGGAGCCGGGGACGCCUGCACUGUGUAGAGCACCUGGGGCAGGACAGGCAGGGUUGAGAGGGGGAGGAAAAAGUACAAGCAUGAAGCACCUCUUAAAACACUUUAUUUGACCAAUAUUUAAGUGCUGAUUGAUCUCAUUAAUUUAAGAAUUAAAAAAAAGACUAAAACAAAGUAACACUGUCGAUCUGGAGUGGUUCGUGUACGAUGCUGUAAAGGAAACAAAUAUAAGAAACAAAUAAAUCGGCAAGUAACGAGUA